AUGAGAGACAACAACAACAUAAGAGAAGGAGAAACAAGAAAUUCUUCAAAGCAUCAACCACAAGCUCCUAUGGCUUUGAAGCUCACAGAUUCAUGUCUUAGGCUAAGUGUGGUUCCUCUUAGUCUUGCAACCAUCUGGUUAACCGUUACUAACCACCAAUCAAACCCUGACUAUGGCAAUCUAGACUAUAACUCCAUAAUGGGUCUCAAGUAUAUGGUUGGUGUUAGUGCCAUAUGUGCUAUUUAUGCUCUCCUCUCGACUAUCUCUUCAUGGAUUACAUGUUUAGUCUCCAAAGCUUGGCUCUUCUUUGUCCCUGACCAGGUUCUAGCUUAUUUGAUGACUACAUCAGUAGCAGGAGCAACAGAGAUAGUGUAUUUACUUAACAAAGGAGACACAAUAGUGACAUGGAGUGAAAUGUGUUCUUCCUAUCCACACUUUUGUUCAAAACUCACAAUUGCUUUGGGACUUCAUGUCUUUGUUCUUCUCUCGUUCUUAAUUCUUUCUGUCAUUUCUGCUUAUAGAGCUUUUAGUCUCUUUGACCCUCCUUGUGAUUCUCAAACCAAUAUUGAUGCUUAA